AUGUCUGAAAUCACUUUGGGUAGAUAUCUUUUCGAAAGAUUGAACCAGCUUUCUGUCCAGACCAUCUUUGGUCUCCCUGGCGACUUUAACUUGAAUCUCUUGGAUAAGAUUUAUGAAGUCGACGGAAUGAGAUGGGCCGGUAACGCCAACGAGUUGAACGCCGCCUAUGCUGCCGACGGUUACUCCAGAGUCAAGGGUCUUGCCUGUCUUGUCACCACCUUCGGUGUCGGUGAAUUGUCUGCUUUGAACGGUGUCGGUGGUGCUUACGCCGAACACGUUGGUUUAUUGCACGUUGUUGGUGUGCCUUCGAUCUCUUCCCAGGCCAAGCAAUUGUUGUUGCACCACACUUUGGGUAACGGUGACUUCACUGUGUUCCACAGAAUGUCCAACAACAUCUCUCAGACCACUGCUUUCCUUUCUGACAUCAAUUCCGCUCCUGGCGAGAUUGACAGAUGUAUCAGAGAGGCUUGGGUCCACCAGAGACCUGUUUACGUUGGUUUGCCAGCCAACUUGGUUGACUUGACUGUCCCAGCUUCUUUGUUGGACACUCCAAUUGACUUGUCCUUGAAGAAGAACGACCCAGAUGCUCAGGGCGAGGUCAUUGAGACCGUUUUGGACUUGGUCGACAAGGCCAAGAACCCAGUCAUCUUGGUUGACGCUUGUGCCUCUAGACACAGCUGCAGAGAGGAAGUGUCUCGUUUGGUUGACUCCACCAACUUCCCUGUGUUUGUCACUCCAAUGGGUAAGUCUGCUGUGAACGAGUCUCACCCAAGAUUCGGUGGUGUCUACGUUGGUUCUCUUUCUGAGCCUGAGGUAAAGGAGGCUGUCGAGUCUGCUGACUUGGUUCUUUCCAUCGGUGCCUUGUUGUCUGACUUCAACACCGGUCACUUCUCCUACUCCUACAAGACCAAGAACAUUGUUGAGUUCCACUCUGACUACACUAAGAUCAGACAGGCCACCUUCCCUGGUGUCCAGAUGAAGGAGGCUCUUAACGAGUUGUUGGCCCAGAUUCCAUCUCACGUUUCUGGCUACAAGGCUGCUCCAGUUCCUCACAGAAGAGCUGUGGAGAGUCCAGGUGCCAAGGAUGCCAUUUCUCAAGAAUGGUUGUGGUCCAGAUUGUCUUCCUGGUUCAGAGAAGGUGACAUUGUCAUCACUGAGACAGGUACUUCUGCCUUUGGUAUUGUCCAGUCUUACUUCCCAGACAAGUGUAUUGGUAUCUCCCAGGUCUUGUGGGGUUCCAUUGGUUUCACCGUUGGUGCCACCUUGGGUGCUGUUAUGGCUGCCCAGGAGAUUGACCCUAAGAAGAGAGUCAUCUUGUUUGUCGGUGACGGUUCUUUGCAGUUGACCGUCCAGGAAAUCUCCACCAUGGUCAAGUGGGAGACCACUCCAUACUUGUUCGUCUUGAACAACGAGGGUUACACCAUUGAGAGAUUGAUCCACGGUGAGACUGCCACUUACAACGACAUCCAGCCAUGGGACAACUUGGGUCUCUUGCCAUUGUUCAAGGCUCGUAACUACGAGACCAACCGUGUCAGCACUGUUGGUGAGAUUGAAGGUUUGUUCACUGACGCUGCUUUCAACGAGAACUCCAAGAUCAGAAUGAUCGAGGUUAUGUUGCCAAGAAUGGACGCUCCUCAGAACUUGGUGAAGCAGGCUGAGUACUCUUCGAAGACCAACUCUGAGAACUAA